AUGAAGGUUGGCAGAUUGGACGGGCUUCGGGAUGAUGAACUAUUUGGUGAGAAGUUGGAAGAAAUCAUCAUGAUGCAGGAGACUGCAUACAGGAGUGCUGAGCGGUUGAAAAGAGCUUUCAGUCCAUUACUGCUGUUGCUUUACGGAUCAUGUAUUGCUUCGCUUUGCACUACGAUGAUGGUGCUGACAAUAGUAAGUCGAAAACAUUUCAAUGAGAAUAUGAAUAAUAAGACGGAGUUUUCCGGAAAGGCAGGAGGAGGUCAACUGCUAGUUAAAAUGAUCGUUUCAGUUUGGUAUACAUUUUUUCUAAUAUUCUCCUUCUCAAUGCUAGGCACAGAGCUGACGGAAGCGAGUUCUUCUAUUGCCGAUGCCGUCUACGAAACUUGCUGGUAUAAUAGACCUGUCAAUGAACAACGCUUACUGAUGAUUGUUAUGCUGAGAUCACAGCGGGGAGCAUACCUUACAGCAACUAAGUUCUUCGUCGUAAACAGAGCGAGCUUCGCCAUGGCUAUUGAAUCGGCUUAUUCAUACUUCACCAUUCUAAGACAAUUUUUUGCAUCACACUAA